AUGAUUUCUACAAUAACAACAUGUAUGAAUCAAGCCGACAACAUCGAUAUUGCCCUACAAGAAGUUAAAGCUUCUCGAGAUCUCCGUGACUCGAUUUCCAAUUUGGAUUUUCAAAUUGCAAACUAUCUUGAAGAUAACAAACAGCUUAAAACAAUGCACAAAGACAUUGUUCUGUGGAAUAAAAUUCCAGAUAUCGCUACGUUGAAAGCACGAACGCCAAAAUUCAAACUCAUGAAUAUGGAGCAAGUAUUCCAGGGUUUGAACGACGUUACACAAUCACAAACAGAUAAAAUAGUAGACUCUGGUGAUCAUGAUAAAGGUGUUAUAUACGAAAGAGUCGCUUUUGGUAAAAUUGGAAAAGACUACCUCACAAUUAUAAUGAUGGCCGAAUUUAAAGAAAAACCACCAGGUAUCACGGCAUUUUUCUCGAAGUUGAUUUCCACCGGUAUCAAUUCAGCUCAAAAUUUCGGUGAAAAAUUAAAAAAAGGUUUCAACUGGUUUUGGAACAAAAAUGAUGAACUGUAA